UAGAAUGAUGAGACCCAAUCCCAUGAUUAUAUGUGAAAAAAUUACCCACAUGUUGUAUAUUUUUUAAUUCCCAGGGCUUUUUCAAAGUGUAGUUUUUAUACGCCCUGUAGUUUAGAUGGACUUUGUAUGUUUGAUUAGAAGAACUUCCUGUCAUGUGAAUGAUUUAAGCAAAGUGAUUAGCUAUUCAUAUAUGAAUACAUGCACAUCGUUAUUGAAAAGUUGGCGUUAUAGGCGGUAUUGUUCGUGUGUGUUUUUUUUUCUUCAAAAUGGCUCUUCCGAAGCAAAUUGGAGACGUUAUCUCAGAAGAACUCGAAUGCAGCAUAUGUCUUGAUAGACUCAGGUCUCCUCGCAUGUUAACAUGUCUUCAUAGUUUUUGUGAGCAUUGCCUAAAGGAAUAUGCUGACCAACAUUUGGAUGCUGGAUCCCUUCAUUGUCCUACAUGUCGCGAAAGAACGGUAAUUCCUAAUGAUGGAAUCACCGGACUCAAACCAGACUUCCGCGCCAACAAACUUCUUGAAGCACUGAACAAGGGAGGAAAGGAUUCAGCAGCCGCAGAAAAGCAAAACAGAUGUUCUGUGUGUAAAUCUUCCAAACCUCGAUUGUUCUGUGAGGACUGUGAUUUAAAUAUGUGCCAGGAGUGUGCGGAAUUUCAUCCUAACAUACCGACUUGCCGCCACCAUCAUGUGGUUCCUUUAACGGAACUCUCUCGUGGAAUUGCUGUUCCAGCAGGAACGAGGGACGUCACGGUUAUUCGCAAAUGCUCUCGACAUGAUGAACGGUUAAAAUUUUAUUGCAAGACCUGCAAAAAGUGCAUUUGUGCAGACUGCACUGUUCUUGAUCACUCGAAAGUUGAUGGCCAUGAGUGCGUGUACUUGAGAGAUAUUAUUCCAGAGUAUCGGCGCGAUAUUGCUGACCUAGUCACCAAAGUUAAUGUCAAGGGCAAAGAUGUUGAUUCUUUCUUUGUCAAGAUUGGUGGUGUAAAGCAAGAACUCGAUCAGAAAAGUAGAGAAAUCGAUCAAGCGAUCGAGGAUGAAGUUGCUAAAAUCAAGGCAUUCCUUCUCAAACAGAGCAAAACAUACGUAAAUCAGAAUCGAUGUCUCAUAGACGAUAUCGUACAGAAAAACAGAUCAACGAAGAAAGAUGUAGAGGAUGUUUCAAGGGAACUUCAUCAGGUCUCCUCAUCGAAGGACGACUUUGAGGUGGCUGAAAAGCAUCACGGACUGGUGCAGUCGGUUCGAAGGCUUACUGGUGUUGAAUCAGACGCUUUCACACUUGACAGCAUUAAAAUGAAUUUCGAGAAACUGAGACUGAACUGUGCUCAAUUAAGUUGUUCUCAUCAUCCAUCGCUAAAUCUUGUAAAGCAAGAUCGAAUUUUCAAGCAACAGAAUGUGCCGCAUGCAAAAAGCUAUUUGACAGUAGGUAAGGUACAGAAUGGUUCCUUAAGUGUUAUAUGUGCAGCACAAGAUGGACGUGUAUUUUGUCAUGAAGUCCCGAAGAUGUCGCGAGUAGACCCUACUGCCGGCCGUCAUGUCCGACGUCAUGCCCGUCAAAUCUUUUUUUCCGGCAACAAUCGUCUUCGCUAUUCAGCGAAAAACCCUUCAUGUCCAUAUGGUAUUCUACCAAAUGGACGAAUAUGCUCUGUUAUAGGAAACGAACUAUGGAAAGGGGCUUCAUCUUUACUACUUCAACAGAUCGAGGAAUACCGCAAACCCAAGGCUGACAUCUGUCAAGAAUCCUGUCUGACUGUCAACAUGAACGGAUACAUUUACAUUGUCAGUGAAGGUUUGGACUACCUGCUUGAAAUAGCACCGGAUAAUACUGUCUUGACAAGCCAACCCAUUUUUGGUAGCAUUGUUCCUUUGGCGAUCACUACCCGCAAUACAAGCCCGUGUGAAACCUUCCUUAUUGCCUGCAAACCAUCUUCAGUAUAUCUCAUCGACAGUGAACACAAUAGAUGCAUCUUCAGUGAUAGAGGAGUUGUCUGGGAAAGUGCGGCAUUAGCAUGCGGACAGGAGGGACGAAUAUUCCUCCUUUCAAGUCAAGAAUCCAAAAUUUCUCUCCGAAUUUUGGACAAGGAAGGGAAUCUUCAAGAAACUAUUUUCAGGAAUAGAGAAUCAAAAGAUCCUCCUAAACUACCACAAACCAACACUGCUGUGAGACGUACACUCAUGUCGGCACACGGGCAGGCAUCAAUGCUCAGUGGACGUAGGAUUAGAAGAUCUACGGUGCUCGGUUCACCCUACAGUCCCAAUCCACAACAUGAGACAGCAACCACAUUUACGUCUAAUUCCGGAUUUGGAUCAACAAGUCAAAGUUCUCAAUCAACCCACCAGCGAACCCGUUUGUCCAUUACUGUUGCGUCGAAUGGAGACAUGUGUGUAGUUCUUGGCGAAAAUGAACUCAUGUUGAUCACUCUUGAGGAAAGUGAUAUUUUCAAAGAUUGAAAAUAGGCUCCAUGGUCCUUAUUAAAAAAAGGCUAUUGGAGCUUCGCCUAAACUUAUUGUUAGUAUCGAAUGGACUUCCACUUGGUAUAUAACCAAUGAACCCAAUAUUCAUAUCUCUUUAUGAAAAAUCAGUGACAACAAAUAUAUCACUUGAAAGUACCAUUUAGGUCUAUUAACAUUUGAAUGGUGUCUUGGAUCGGUUUUAAGAGUUUUGGACAUAUCAGAGAACACCAUUAUUAUUCUAACAUGUCAAAAGCAGUAAUGUACAAUAUUAAAGGUCAAGUCCACCCCAGAAAAAAUGUUAAGUUGAAUUAAUAGAGAAAAAUCAAACU